CGUCCCUACGUCACCGAGCGGCGGCGGCUUCCCCUGUGAGUGGAUUCAAACGCUCCACACCAGAGACCCAUCCUCGCGCAGCAGCACGAGCAGGUCAGCAGCGAGCACCCAAGGACAACACCGCCGCGGGACACGAGCCACGUCCUUACUGUCCGAGUGAGCAGCGAUCUCCCCGCCCUCCACGCCCGCCCAUCCACCCCCCCCCGUCCCUCUGUCCAGAGCCAGGUCUGCGAUGCCCCCCCCGGCGAAGGCCGUGGCCGCCGUGGAGCCCCCCGAUGGAGGCUGGGGCUGGGCGGUGGUCCUGGGAGCCUUCAUCUCCAUCGGCUUCAGCUACGCCUUCCCCAAAGCCACCACCGUCUUCUUCAAGGACAUCCAGAAGAUCUUCGGGACGUCCUACAGCCAGACGGCCUGGAUCUCCUCCAUCAUGCUGGCCGUCAUGUACGCCGGAGGGCCCAUCAGCAGUAUCCUGGUGAAUAAGUACGGCUGCAGGCCCAUCAUGAUCAUGGGGGGCUUCCUGUCCUCCAUCGGCAUGAUCUCCGCCUCCUUCUGCAACAGCAUCGUCCAGCUGUACAUCUGCAUCGGGGUCAUCGGAGGUCUGGGCCUGGCCUUCAACCUCCAGCCCGCGCUGACGAUGAUCGGCAAGUACUUCUUCAAGAAGCGUCCCAUCGCCAACGGCAUGGCCAUGGCGGGCAGCCCGGUGUUCCUCAGCACGCUGGCGCCCUUCAACCAGUACCUCUUCAACGCCUUCGGCUGGCGCGGCAGCUUCCUCAUCCUGGGGGGCAUCCUGCUCAAUUGCUGCGUGGCGGGGGCCCUCAUGAGGCCCCUGGUCCCCCCCCGGGCCAAGAAGGACGAGGAGCUGGCCCCCGCCGCCCUCACCGACGGCCCGAAGCCGGAGAAGCUGAGCGUCUGGGAGACGGUGAACCGGCACCUGGACCUGUCGCUCUUCAAGCACCGCGGCUUCCUCAUCUACCUGUCGGGAAACGUCAUCAUGUUCCUGGGCUUCUUCUCGCCCAUCGUCUUCCUGGCCGCCUACGCCAAGGACAUGGGCGUGGACGAGUACUCGGCCGCCUUCCUGCUCUCCAUCCUGGCUUUCGUGGACAUGUUCGCCCGGCCCACCAUGGGGCUGCUGGCCAACUCGCGCUGGAUCCGCCCGCGCAUCCAGUACUUCUUCUGCUUCGCCGUGCUCUACAACGGCGUGUGCCACAUCCUGUGCCCGCUGGUCAGCGACUACACGGGCCUGGUGGUGUACGCCGUGUUCUUCGGGUUUGCGUUCGGCAUGGUGAGCUCGGUGCUGUUCGAGACCCUCAUGGACCUGGUGGGGGCGCCGCGCUUCUCCAGCGCGGUGGGGCUCACCACCAUCGUGGAGUGCUGCCCCGUGCUGCUCGGACCCCCGUUGGCAGGCAAACUGGUGGACGUCACAAAAAGCUACAAGCAGAUGUACUUCUGCUGCGGCGUGGUGGUCAUCAUCGCGGCCAUCUGGCUCUUCAUCGGCAACUUCAUCAACUACAGACUGCUGGAGCGCGAGCGCAAGCAGGCCGACUCGUACAAAAGGACUGAGACGGACGACCCCGACGCCGCAGUGCAGUACCGGAAGGGCUCUGAGGGGGGCGACAAAGCCACCGCCGAGCUGGCCAAGAAGGACGGCAAAGACGGGGAGGCCGUGCAGCGGGAGACCAACAUCUAGUCGGGUCCGUUGGUUCUGACACUGUGACCUCCUCGCUUCCACCGCCACCAACAACAACAACAACAACAAUAGCAACAAACACCGCCACAACUCCCAAAGCACACCACGCUCCGAUCUGCUUGUGGAGUUCGGGAGCGGGAGAGUACAGAGCGGUUCCGAACCCGGGCUUCUUUGGAAGUCUUAUCGUCAGAACUCCUCCAAUACUAACUGCCAAAGUAACAACUGUUUUUUUAUAAGAUGUUGGUGAGGAUUCACCGUAACCGUCGUCGUUUUUUGUCGUCCAUAAUUCCAACCUCGCGUAUUACCGAAGUAUCACCAUGGAGACAUCGUUGACGCGUGUAAAACAGGGUCUCGGCGUUGAGACUUUAAAACCAGGGUUCUUGUGUUUGAACAGUGAUAUAAUGUUGUUUUGUUUGUUUGUUCUAUGUAUCAAUCCUACGCUGUGGUUCCCAUGGGAACAGUUAAACCAUGCGAAGUCAUCCACUUCCUUCCAGGGCACUGCAUUUCACUGAUCCGUUUCUGGAGAUCAGCAAAGAGGUGAAAAAGAGUCACGUUACUACUUGUGUGUAAUUAUGACUCAAAUAGUUAACUUCAAAUUGCUAACUGUAAUGUAGUGGGAGCCAGACUGGGUGUGAUGGUCGAAGCCACCACUGUUAAUCCCUGGUGAGGUCCUUUUUACACGGCAGCCCGCCCUUAUCAACAUAUUAUCAUGUUCUUCAUCUGGCAAAAUAUUUAACCCUCCUUAAUCGAUUACGCCAAUUUAAAAAGAAAUCCACUGCUAAAUGGCGACAAGGAGUCAAAUAAUGAGCGAAGCCCUAAAGAAAAAACAGAUGGGUUCACAGAUUAAUGUUUUGUUGAGGAAAGGAUGUAGUAAAGAAUGUUGAAUUUGUGCUGUUUAUCACCUGCUCCAUAUUGAAAAAUGCAGGCCACAUAUGCUGCACCAAAGUCAACAAAAUCAAGAGGCUGCAUUUCAUUCCAGAAACAUCUUGAGGGAUACAUUUCAUUCAUUUCAAUGUACUCCAUCUUUCUGGAGCUUAAGAAGUGAGAUUGCAGCAAUGACGAAAUCGUCAUGUACUGUUCUUUGACCAAACAUGGAGCCAUAAACAACACAAUGUGGUUUUAAGCACUUCGACAGGGAAAUGCAUAUCUCCCAGCACGCAAGGUUAUUCUGAAGAAUAACAGAAAUGAAUACAGAAUAUAUAUUCUGGAGGUGUUCUGCCUUAACCGUAAUGAUUGAAUGCCGUGAGGUUGUGCAAGCAAAUACUUUUGAGUAUUACACCAUAAAGGAACGAUGAGCCUUUUGUUGACAAUGGCAUUCAUGCUGCGGUGCUGUGGUAUGUCGUUGCAUUUUGCUGUUGUGGUGCGUCGUUGGUAUUUAUCGUAACAAAAUCAUAGAAUAUUUUUGUACAAAAACCGACAAAAAAACACAAAAGAAAAACAAAUAACUGCUUUUUGUUUUGAGACAGGAUGUGGGCUGUUUGUGAAGAAUUUUAACCCAACUAACAACUCGCAUUAACUUUAAAACGUUGUCUUCCUAUCUAAUAAAUCCCUGCUAACAUUCAUGCUAUUCUGGAUGUAAAGGAAUAUUAGGGAUUCCAUUGUCUGUGAUAUAUACUUAAAUAAUUUAAAGGUUGGGUAUGGAAUUCUUUUUUUUGGCCAUUUUUGCAAAAUUACUUGAAAUCCUUAUCAUAACCCACUUACAGCCACUGAGUUAGAAGUACUGACAUGACAAUUAAACCAGUCAAUCAUCUGUGGAACGGGCAGGGCUCGAAAAAACUCCAGCCAAUGAUUUCCAGAACCACCGAGUGUCAUUGGACAGUAAGUACGUCAAUCAAACGGUCGUGCUGCACUCCCCCUCCCCCGCUCCCAGCGCGUGACCCCUUCGUGCACGUCCUCAAAGCUCGUGACCCAGAGCAAGCUUCUGUUUUAUUGUUAUCCUGCGGUAGCUACUGGAGCUAGCUAACUAGCUAAUCCACAUUUGGACCUAGCACUAGAAGACAACCCUAAACUCCAACCUAGCUAGCCUGGCUCACUCUCGCGCAUCUGUGUUCGCGCUCAGGGGGUAGGACCAUUUGAGUUGUGUAUUUUCAAAAUCUGCUGGCAUUUCGCAAAUCCCAUAUCCAACCUUUAAUUAUUGCAAAAUAUUAAAUAGAUUAAAAUGUAUGCUCAAAAGUGUGUCAUGAAUUGAAUCCAACAUUGGUCAAAUGUCGUACUUGAUUGAAGAAGCCAUAGCAGUGUUGUGAAUCUGGAGAACUUGGAAGUAUUUUCUGAUCAAAAUAAUUUCUCUCUAACUCUUUCCCGAUUUAGUUGUUGCUUUAUAGGAAUUACUUGAAAUGUCUAUUUUAAUUUGUUUCUACUGAUGUAGACUAAUUUAAUUGUUAAGUUAAUGGUUAUGUGCUCCUGAAAAUAAACAUUAUUCAGAAAAAAUAACAAUCAUUUCAAUAUUAGUUUUAAUUGACUGGACUCCUGAAAGGGUGGACAAUUAAAUCAGCUUUCAAAUCACAUGUUCAUCUUGAAAACAUCUGUUUCUACAAUGUACGACUAAUUAGAAAGAAAUUAAUGUUUGUUUGCUUUGUCACAGCUCUGUGGUUGGUGAUUAGGGUAUUUAUGGAUCUGCUUGUGCAUUAAUCGUCAUCCAUCUACAGGGAAUCGAGUAUUAUUCACAGAGAGCACUGUGGGCAAUGAAGUGGCAUCAUAAGCCUCACCAGGACAUUCCCUGUGUUGCUCUAGAACACCACUCUGUCCGGGCAACCGAUUCAAACUGUGAGGUGUUUUUUUUUUAAUGUUUGUUUGUUUGCUGGGUUAUUUUGUUCUGGAUUUUGCUUUUCUCACCUGAUAAACCUGUACAACGAAGAACAUUAGAAUGAAGCACUUUUUCAUGGCACUUUUUCUGUGGCGCUGGCUUGUGUACAAACUAGAAUCCUCCCUAUGCAAACAUACACGUUGUAGUUGCCUUGUGUCCUGCUCAUUGUGUGAGGUCCCAGCCUUGACCAAACUCGUCACCGCGACCACACCGUUGUGAAGGUAUUGUCAGGGUUUAAGAAACUUUGAAACAACUCUGAGAAGGCUCGUUGUCUGAUGUCAAUGCAUAGGACAGCAAAACAGUCUGUGAUAUUGACAUAAGUAUUGACGUUUGACCUGUCCUAAGAGAUUGUUACCUAUUCCCGUUCAAAACGAGGUUUAAUAACAUAUAGGGGCAUAUUAUCGUUUCACUUUGAAUAGACACGUUGAUGAGUUCAAUACUAAUCACCAAGAUCAUUUAUCACCUAGUAUGAAUUUGAUCGCUCAAAUAUGUGUCACAUGCUAAAAUUGUAUUGGUAUAACUUGUAUGUUAUGUCACGUUGUGUGUGCACAUAGUUGUUAAUAAAACUAUCACACA